UAUAUAUGAUAAAGAGAAGAAAAAUACAUAGAAAGAGAAAUUAAGGACCAUAAAGUUGAAUUUUUGUUGUUGUCAAUUCCAUCAUCCUUGUAUACUUCUCUUUAUUUUUCUCCUUGGUGAUCUUCUGUAACGGAAAAUUACAAAAACAAAAACAAAAAAAAAGAAACGAAGUAAAGAGGAGAAAAAGGAAUCGAUGAAAAGAUCAUCGUGGUGGUUCGAUCGAUGAAUCUAGUAGGUACGUACGACGACGGACGUCGAACGUCUCGCGCGAGGACGAGAGUGGGAGGUGGUGUGGAAAUAAGAGAAGCUGGAGGUGGAGAAACAACACGUGAGGAGACGGCGCGAUCCAGGAGGAGGAGGUGGACAUCGUUGUUGUCGUCAUCAUUAUCAUUAUCGUCAUCAUUUAAAUCGUCGUCAUCGUUAUCAUCAUUAUCAUCAUCAUCAUCAUCAACAUCAUCAUCAUCAUCAUUAUUAUACGAAAGGAGGAGAAGGAUGGUUAUCUCCUUAGACUGGAGUGCGCGAGCGAAGAGGACGCAGCAUCGUCGUGACGUCUGAUCGUCAUCCACUCUCUCUACCUGGAAAAAGAGAUAAAUAGAAUACGGGAAACAUAAUAAAAAGAAGUAGAAGAAAGAAGGAACGGUCACAGACGGUUUGCAUACUAGACGGGUACGUACGUACGGUGUGUGUGGCAAGUACGUCUCGCGAUUAGGCGCCGAUGACGUCAAGCAGUAGCACCAAUACCAGUAGCAACUCUUAAAGAGAAAGAGAGUGAGUGAGUAAGAGAGAUAGAGAGAGAGAGAGAGAGAGAGAGAGAAAGAAAGAGAAUUUUCGAGCAGCCGCUACGACGACGACGUCUCUCCCUGCUGCUGCUGCUGGCUUUACACUGCCACUCGUGCUGCUUCUGUGUUGCGCUUGUGUCGUCGACGACGUCGUUCUUCUGCUGCUGCUGCUCUCUGUUAGUAGUAUAGUAGUAGUAGUAGUAGUAGUACGAUAGUAGAGUGGUAGUACUAAUAGUAGUAGUUCAGUUCAGUUAUAAAAGCAGAGUUGGUGAAGUAGUAGUGGUGUGGUGAGCGCUGGUGGCAUCAAGAGUUGUCAGCAACACGCAGUGUGUGUCCGUGUGUCAACGCUAAAAAAGAAAGAGAGAGAGAGAGAGAAAGAGAGAUAGAUAGUUCUGUGAUAACGCAACGUGCUACGAGAGAGAAAGAGGGAGUAAAAGAGAAAGAAAGAUAGAAGAAGGAGAUUCCCUCGAAAGUGUUGCAGCAUACCCCGCGCGACGCCGUUGAUCCUCAUCCCUCCUCACCCCACCCCCUACUCUUCUACCUUCCCCUCUUCAUCCUCCUCCACCACCUUGUCGUUGUCGUCGUCAUCAUCGUCGUCGUCCGAUUACAUUUUCUACGUGUGCGCGUCCGCGGGCAAUGACUAACCGCGCAGCGGUUAAGUGUGUUAGUAGGAGAUAUCGUCGACGGACCCGUUUCUGCGUUGGUGUUGCCGCCGUCUACGUCAGCGCCGGUCGGACGGGAUUUGCAUAGCAAACAGAUCGACGCGCUCGUAAGUGGAUAACGAGAAGGAAGGGAGACAUAAAUAUUAUACUGUGGCGAUGACAGAUCCACAAUUAACUAACAACAACAAUAAUAACAACAAUAACAAUAACAACAACAACGAUGGCGAGCCAAAAUAUUUGCACAAAAAGUUUAAGAAGAUGGCGACGACGGAGGUUACGCCUAGAGUCGAGGCAAAGAAGGAAAGCACGGCCGAUGAUGAUAACAAAAUGGGGAAUGCCGAUCUCACGAAUAAAAGGGAAACGGUCAAGGAGAGUAGAGAUUCACCAAAGGAAUCCCUCAAGGCCGAGGCAGAAUCAGCCGAGGCCAGCUCCGAGACCACCGAGCCCGCGGAAUCGCGAAAAACCGGCUACGUUUGCCCUUAUUGCAAGCUUUCCUGUGCGAAACCGAGUGUAUUGCAAAAGCACAUAAGAGCACAUACCAACGAGAGACCUUAUCCUUGCGUGCCCUGCGGUUUUGCUUUUAAAACAAAGUCGAAUCUUUACAAACAUCGUAGAUCUCGGACUCAUGCUUUAAAAAUGGAAGGCGGUGAUAGCAGCAAGCAGGUUUCGGAAGACUCGGACAUCAGCCUGUCCGACAGUGCUAGUAACGGUACAGGAACUCCACCACCUCCACCAACAUCAACGCCCACAACGACUUCCUCCGUCGUGAAGACCGUCAAAACUGGAAAGAUUUAUAAGCCAAAGUUUCAUACCGCUUUACAAUCGAUAAACAAUGAAGCGGAAACCACAUCUUCGUUUUCGUCAACGAAUUCUUCCAGUAAUUCUUCCAUACCAUUGACCAAUAAUAAUAAUAAUAAUAAUAUUAAUAAUAAUAAUAUUAAUAAUAAUAAUAAUAAUGGCACUGUUGUGAACGUUGCAAAACCGAACGCAGAUCGGUUGCAGGAACACAUUGAUAAAAUAAUAACGGACAAUCGUGCUAUCGUAGACGCGGUUGAUCCGCGUCUUCAUAAAUUAAUGCAACGACAACAGAGUAUGGUAGAGAUAAAGCAACAAUCCGAUCAACCCUUGAAUCUCUCAUCGGUGGACGAAUCCUCGACGAGGAAACGUUGUUACAGCGAAAGUUUCGCUCAGGAGAAUACGGAUCGAACUCCUCCCCCGCCGCCAGCAAGUACCAACGAGGCUUCCAUCAUCAAAGAUCUUUUAUUGAAAACGCGUGAUAUUUGUAACACCGAGGUUGUUACAACCUCGGAGAUAGUUGAGAGUUACGUAUGUCCAUCUUGCACCAUACCGUAUACGAGUAUCGAUAAUCUCGAGACUCAUCGACGAUAUUAUUGCAAGGGACUGAUCAGUCCAAGGAUAUCGGAAUAUCAGUUGGAUAAUGAUAAGAGGGAAUCCGAGUUCGAGUCUAAGUCUUCCGAUUAUUAUGCUACUUUGCAACCACUACCUUCGCCAGGACCUUUGUUAGGCAACACGAGACUCGUCGAUCCAUACGCGCCACCCGUGAAGAAACAGCGCUCGGAAUCGGUUCCAACUAGUUUGAGAUCACUCGAGGAAUUAAGCAAAUAUCCGAGGCCUAAUUCCUUGCAAAUGUUCGGGGGCGAGGUAAGGAUACUCGACAAUAUGGGCGAGACGAAGACCAUGAGAAUCGAGCCGCGACAAACUAAUUCGCCGACUAGCGAACAGAUCUCAAGCAACAAGUGCGUCACGUCGGAGACAUCUUCAAUCGUGGUAAGAUCUGGUCUUCAUUCGGGUGGUACUAUGGUCCAUAAACCACCUAGCACGCCUACCAGUACACAACAGAGUUCUUCCAUAUCUUUGCCAAACACUCCUAAAUUGUUGGCCCCCAUCAUACCAAACAUAUCAACCCCAAACAUAGCACCGACUAUGUCCUGCUUCAACUAUCUCGAACCGCAUUUUAAUCCAUUGACGAGCAUAACCGCUUAUAAUCCAUUGACGUUACCUCAAGCGGGUAUCACGAGUAUUCUUCACGGUGGUAAGGUUAUUCCUUAUGUACCUGGUAUGCCAGGACCGCAUACCCUAACCGGGGCACCACCGCAACCUCCACCACAACCUAUAGAUAUAUCUCCUGGUGUUGGAUCUGGUGAAGUUGGAUAUAAAGUUAUACCAGGUGUACCCGGAUUACAUAUGAUAUCCCAACCUUUGGAUCUUGCCAGUCCAGUCAAGAUUCAAACACCCAACGUACCUGGAAUUCCUGGACCGAUAUCCGGUGAACAUGUCUCGAUAAUGGGCCAACCAUUGGAUCUUGCUAGUCCCGCGAAGGAGACCAAGCUUAGCUUUAAAACUCCUAGUAGCGAUGGUCUGAGAAGCGGAAGUGGAUUAACGAGUCCCAAAGUUCCUACAAUUAAAGUCGAUAAUUCUACCGACAAGUAUCGAACAAGUAGGAUGUCUUCUCUCACAUCUGCUGCCACCGAGUUACUAAUAACGGAACUUGAUCGUCAUAUCAAACUCAACGUUCCUGCUAAACAUAAAGCCGCCAUGGAAAGCCCACGUGAGACUAGAGAAUUAUCUCUUGAAAAAAGUCCUAAUGUCGAUAAGACCUACGCUUAUUCUAACGGCAUAGACGCACCUGUUAAUUCUGCAAAUUCGUAUCCCAAGCCCAAAUAUUCACCUAAAUCGACUUUGGAGAACAGAAAGAGGCCCUCUACUUGGAACAUUGCGGAGCUGGAAAUCGGUAGAACGCAGGUCGAAACUUUGGAAUAUGGUUCGAAUUUGAAAUACGAUUCUUCGCCUUCUCGUGAAAAUGGCCGUAUCAAAAUAAAUGUUCUAGAAGGGAGAGGAGGAAAGGUAGUCGAAAGUUAUAACACGGUUGGUGAAAGUAAAUUAAAAGUGGAUCCUUCGAUAGUUAAAAUAUCAGUAGUAGCAACAGCAUCAGCAGUAGCACCACCACCACCACCACCACCACCGCCACCGCCACCCCCUUCACAAACACCCCCAGUGAUACUUGUGAAUUUAGAUUCAUCCAAGUCAGAAGUGCCAAGUAAAACUUUCGUAGAAUUAGUUGUUAAAACGGAUAAGUCUGAAGCUAAAUCGCCGAAAACUAGCGACGGUGCUAAAGAAGAGACUAGUGUUAAUAAGUUUUUAAGACCGACUUCUUUACCGUUAAAACCUGGAACGUUUACGCCAAAAAAACAUCACGGUAUUACGCCAACGGCGAAUACACUUUCCCUGAUAAGCCCAGAAACUCCUAGACCAAAAAAAUCUUACGGACAACUUUAUUUAAAUGGACACGCCUAUACAUAUCUAGGUUUAAAGUGUUCAACUAGAGUAUUUUAUUGUACCCUUAACAGACCGCAGCCUAUGUAUGUUACGCAACAGCACGGUCUUUCUAUGUAUUCCAAUUGGAAAAUUUGCAAAGAAACACCACCAGAUUUGGAUUUGGCACAUUAUGAUUCUAGAAACAGACCUCUUAAUUAUACCACCGCUUGUACUAUGCGAGAAGAUAUUUUAACUCAUUCUUCGCAGAGGCCUAUCACUCCAACGAGUCCGGAUAGUGGCUUAGAAAGUGAUAUACUAGAAAAAUACAAAAGAAUUAAAAUUUUCGACGGUGGUUUUGAAAGUAACGAGGAUUACACUUAUGUUAGAGGUCGUGGUCGGGGUCGGUAUGUCUGUGAAGAAUGUGGAAUUCGUUGUAAGAAGCCUUCUAUGCUGAAGAAACAUAUCAGAACUCAUACGGAUGUACGACCAUACACCUGCAGGCACUGUGCCUUUAGCUUCAAGACCAAGGGCAAUCUCACGAAACAUAUGAAGUCAAAAGCACAUUAUAAAAAAUGUGUUGAGCUUGGAAUAGCUCCGGUACCAACAACAGUUUGCGACGAGAAUAUCGAUAAAGAAGCUAUCGCGCGAUUGGCCGUCGGUGGAAAUACCGAAGAAUCAACUUCGGAGGAAGAAGAGAGCGAAGGUGAAGGAGACGAAAGUGAAGAAUCUGGGAGCGAAGAGCACGAAGCUGCGCAAAGUUUGCUUAGCCUGUCGCAACGUAAUACUAACAGAUUACCAGGAUUAUUGCCUUCGGGUCGACCAACGACAUAUCCUUAUACUUUGACUUUUCCAUCGAGUUCAGUUACAACGAAUAUCAUAUCAACCGUUUCCACGAGCACUUUAUCUACGAGCGAUCAUAAUACGAACGAUCAAGAAACUAGCCUCAUUCAGAAUGAACAUCAUUCGCAUCGUUAUUAUUUCCCUUCAAAAUGGACAGCUGCUGAUGAGUUAAGAAGCAGUGUUAUACAAUUAUCGAAAAAAGAAGACUCGGAUAUCGAAGUAGAAGAGAUAACCGAUUCAGAUUUGCGUCAGCAGAUAUCUCAACCAAUGGAUCUUACGACUAAGCAAACUACUACUGCACAACAACAGCAACCUGUACCAUCACCAGUACCACAAAGAGCAAUGCCUGCUGACAUCUUGACACCGGUAUCAGAACCAGUUGUAUUACAAACAAUAGUGCAAACAAUGGAACGAUUACCUAUACAAGGAAGGGAAUGGAAGCCUAAUGCUGAAGGACGUAUGCUUCAAGCAUAUCUUACCGAGAGACACGUUAUGGAUAGUAAAAUCAAACAACAAUAUCGUGUUGGAAAUUCGAAAAUUGAUACAACAAUAAUAAGCGGAGAUAACAGAGACGUUUAUCCUAAAUACCAAGAUGUUGGUGGGAGAACAAGAAAUGUAGAUGACGUUAGUGACAUUCCUACAGUAACGUAUACGGAUUUUACGAAAAUUCAACAGAAAUUAAUACAAUCUAAGAUCAAACACGCAGUAAAACAAUCCGCGGACGAAAUUAAAUUAGAAAUUCGUGAAAAGAUUUAUCAAAACAGCGUAGCAAUGGAAAGAUUAUUAUAUAAUUUCGAAUCGGUACACAAAGAUAAAGAACAGCAGCAACAGCAACAGCAACAGCACCAGCAGCAGCAGCAGCAGCAUACUAGUCGAGAUAUUCAUGAGAACAAUCCGAGAAGUAAUAUCGAAUAUGAAUUCAUCGUAAUGAAUAAAAAUAUCAAUCCCAUAGAAAGAAAUAAAUAUUCAGUUGAUAUAUCAUCUCGUAACACACCUGUUCUAGAUCGUCAUUCACCGAAACAUUUUCAUUCCGAUCCUAACAACAGAUUCGUUCCGAUACAAUACAGUAACAACGAACCCGAAAGAACUUCCAUACUUAAAACAAUGAACGUAGCGAAUCAAGAAGUAAGACCAGUUAACCAAGAAAUGCGAUUACCUUCGGAUAUUAGAAUGCAAAGUCAAAGUCCUCGAAAUCUAGAGCUUCGGUCUCCUAACAGAGAAGUCAGAAUGCCUAAUCAAGAUUAUCGUACCCAACCUCAAGAGUUACGAUUAACAACUCAAGAUUAUAAAUUACGUGGUCAGGAGAUACAGCCUUUAGGAACAGAAUUUAAACAAAUACCAACGGAUGUACGUCAAGAGAUCGUCCCACCAGGAAAUAUGGAAACAAGACAAGUUAUUCCAGAUAAUAGACCUCCUAGUAGAGACAUGCGUAUGUCGGAAUACAGAUCAGAAUAUAGAUCUCAACCGCAAGAAGCAAGACGUCAUUUUGAAAUAAUACAAUCAUCUACGCGCGAGUCACCUAAGUUGCAGGAUGUACCUAGACCACAAAAUAUAGAUAUCAAGAAUGCAGAUCGUUCUGAAAUCAAACAUAAUGCAGAAAUGACGAAACAAAAUAUUGUGGAUAGUAUUAAACACACGGUAGCUCGGAAAGUGGUUGUAGGUGGUCCAGAUUUUAGGUCACAAUCUCCAACUGUAGGAAAUGCUAAACCUCAAGCUGAAUUUCUACAACCAUCCACUGGACCAGCACCGAAUUAUAUUAGUUACAGUGUUACGGAAGACGGCCGAAGUAUAUGUGGGAUUUGUAACAAGGUGUUCACCAAACCUAGUCAUUUAAGAUUGCAUAUCAAUAUUCAUUAUUUCGAAAGACCAUUUCGAUGUGAGAGUUGUGCAGUCUCCUUCAGAACAAAAGGCCACCUAACGAAACACGAAAGAUCAGUUUCACAUCACAAUAAGGUCAGUAUGACGUCUACUUUUGGAGCUGCCACUACUAGCAAUCCUAGACCCUUCAAAUGUACAGAUUGCAAAAUCGCCUUCAGAAUACACGGUCAUUUGGCUAAACAUUUACGUAGUAAAAUGCAUAUUAUGAAAUUAGAAUGUUUGGGUAAAUUACCAUUUGGUACAUAUGCCGAAAUGGAAAGAUCUGGUAUCAAUCUAAAUGAUAUCGACACCACGGAUUGUGAUAACAGUCUUACUAGUCUUCAGAUUUUGGCACAAAGGCUUUGCGAAAAGGAUCCCAAUAAAAUGGGUCAAUGGGAUACAGAAGUAGUUCAAAGUCAACAUCCUAUUAGCGGAAGUGAAACAUCUUCAGACGAAGGUGAACCUAUAACUCAACAUCCAAUGUAUUCGUUUCCCGUGAAACCAACGACGGAAGGAGAAAUGUCUCGAUCAUAUCACGUGCCAAUUGCAACUGAAGAUCCCAAAUCUAUGAUGGAUGUUCACAUUGUUAAUUCGCAAUUUAAUCAACAGAAACGGGAAUACGGUAUGAAGGAAAAUGCUAAUCAAUCGGCAGUUUCAUCGGAAAAUAAUUUACAACAAUCAUACAAGUGCCAAGUCUGUCCAGUGUCUAUGCGUAAUGUAAAUGAAUUGCAAGUGCACUGUUUUGUUGAACAUAAUAUUGAAACAGAGUCUAGUACAAAUAUUCAUGGGGAUAGAACUGCGAAUAAAUGUAGGGAAAAAGAAAAUACUCAGAAGAAAAUUACUGCUACAGAUGAACGCGUUAGAGAAGAUCACAGCCGACAAAAGAUAGGAGGAGAUACAUAGUGCCAAAAUUAUUUGCUACAUCAGCAAAUGUUCAGUAAGAGAUACUAUAUUUCAUAAAAAUGUAUGUUGGCCAUUUAAAAGAUGAGGGAUUUGUACAAAAGCAUUUCAACUCUGAUAAAUCUCUAUAAAACGACAAAAAAGGAAAAAAAAAAAAAAAAAAAAAAAAAAAAAAAAACACAUUUAA